UUCCCAUUUUGUUUAUCGCCAGCCUCAUGCUGCCAGCGCUCAGCUCAUUGUUCUAUUGAAAAUUCUUCUCGAGUGGAGGUAACGAGGUUUCUUGUUUCAAUUGUCUUUUUUUCCCUUAUAUCAACGACCUUCACAAUUCAGUUUGCUUCCUUCGUGUCCGAAUUUUGACAGCCUAGACAAGUACUGUGUACUUUGUCCUUCUCGUGCUCUUUUGGUUCGACCUUGUGUAUUUUCAUUCCUCCAUUGGUUACACGUGCUCCUGAGCAGCUCACUUGCAACCUAUCCUCUCUUUAAUAUCCUGCUGCACAAUGUCUUCUACCGCGAUCUCGACCAUCACAUAUCCAUGUCCUCCGCCCACUACCAAUACACUUGACUCCCAGCAGCGCAUGCGUCUCAUCCGCUCUGCGCGCAAAUUGGAGGCAAUCAUGGGAACCACACCCUACCUCCUCGAGGCAGAUAUCCCUGUCACACUCCUCCCUGUCGGGGGUAACAAAAAGUCGGCGACGGGCAAAGCACUGAAGCGCCAGGGCUCCAUAUCCAUGCACUACCACACAUUUUCCCCAUCUGUAACAUCAUUUAGCUCAGCCUCAACGACAUCCCUACACUCCCCAUCCGCUUCACUGGUCUCGCUGCCUUCGAGCAUGCGGAGCACAGAGUCCCUCUCAGUGACACCGCCUGGCCUGCCUGCGCGCGGCAGAAGGUCGGCAGAUAAACCUAGACCAUUGUACCUUCGCAUGAACAACGUUCCUGUCUCUCCUACCGACCACCGCUGCACAUCACCACCAUCCACACCUUCCUCAGCCUCCCCAACCUCAGAUUCAUUUCCCUCUACGCCUCGUACGCCAAGGUAUGACGCUGCAGAAGUGCGGAGAAAGCGGAUGGCAAAACUUGCGCGGCAUCUCGGAGAGAACGUACCUCCCGAACUCGUCACCGCACAAGGGCCGCCCCCCAAAUUACGUUUUGAAGAAGACGUGCCCAAUAGGACGCGGCGUAGUAUGUCUGUCAACCACGCGAGCCCACAAAAUAUACCAUUCGCUCCAAAGCCUCAGGCUAACAGCGAUUGGGUUGGCGAGUGGAAUCGAUCUGAUAUCAGAGAUGUUCAGAGGGAACUCAGAAAUCUCAGGGCUGAGCGGUGGUAGUUGCGUCGUUGUUUGGACAUAUUCCAUUACCCCAUUACUUGAUUCUAUGCUACCCCUUGUAUCUAUAUCACUGGCUGCAGGCAUCCAGCAUGUGCUUUAUGAUAACUAGUCAUCUACAUACAUAUGUAUCAUGUUAGACCUUUUCCUCAUUAAUUAUCCAUACACCCGCACUACUACUGUCGUUUUGUAACAUAAUACAUGCGAGCACCGGCCCAUGGCACGUGCCACAAGAAUAUUGAAGAGAAAAGUCGAGAAUCUUACCAGACUCCAAC